UUGUCUGGUAAGUUUUUAGAAUAUUUAAAGAUAAGGAUAUAUUUUUUGUAUGAAUUUAUCGCUGAUUCCGUAUAAUUAAUAGCUUUUAAGCUUAAUUCAAUAAUAAAGGAAAAAUGCCGGCUGAAAAUUAUUACUGUUUGGACAACUUUUUCAAAAAGAUGACGGAUUUAGAUUCGCCCAAGAAAAACAAUGACUGUUACUUUUACUAUUACUCUACAUGUGCUAAGGGAGAUAGCUGCACGUUUCGCCAUGAACCAUCCGCAUUAGGAUGUGAAACAAUGUGUAGCUUUUGGAAAGAAGGAAAAUGUGUAAAUGUUCAUUGUAAUUUCCGACAUAUGGAACUGCGGAAAAACCGAAAAGCAAUACCCUGCUACUGGGAAAGCCAGCCUAUGGGUUGUUUAAAAGCUCAUUGUCCUUUCAUGCACCAAAAUCCAAGGCCUUCUGAUGUUAACAGAUCAAAUUUAUCUACAGAUCAGACAGGAGACAUGAAUUCUACCAGUGACAGGAGAGUAACUGCAGUAGAUAGUCUAGUUGUUAAUUUUGAAGAAGAGUCCGAUAAUGAGUCGACACCUAGUUUUUCUCCCAAGAAAAACGCAGAUUGGGUUGUUACAGUGAAGUCUUUAGAUGAAAUACGCCUGGAAAAAAUACAAGCCGAAUCAGCUGCAUAUUACGAUUAUAAUAGUCCAUGUAUACCUUACAAUGAAGGUGAAAACAAUGAUGCGAACAGUAUGAGGCAAAGGAUAGUCACUAGAAUGAUGAAAAAAAAUAUACCCGAAAGAAUUGUUACUCCAAAGAGGAGGCUGAGUGAUGAUUACAAUAUUCCACCAUUAGAGAAAAAAAGGAAAAUCGUCUACCGGAAUGAAGAUGGUAACCUUGAAAUUAUAUUGAAGAAAAACCCAGAAAAUUAUUACUCCAACGAAAACUUCAGAAAUGUUUCAGAUAAGGAAGUUAAUGGGCAAAUAUCAGUGACAUUUCCAGUUUCUUUGGAUAACCGAAGAGUGAAUCAAUUGAAAACUUGUUCCGGUACUAGUAAAAGCAACAUUACGGAUAUAAAAAUAAAAACAUUGGAUGAAAUAAGAAGAGAACGAAAAGCUAAAGAAGAUGUGUUAAAAGAAGAACAAGAAGUGACGAGUACAUCUCCAGAUAUAGACAGCAAAAGCACCGAAGAAUCUCAACCAGUACAAAACAAGAAAAAAAUAAUUCUGAGAAGACACGUACCUUCAUUAACUGGUACUCGGCGAAAUAUAUGUGAUAACAUUAGUUCUAUUAGUGAAAUUUCUAAUGAAAACAAUAACAAUCAGGUAAUUGUUCAAAAGAAUAUUGACACUGAAAGCACUUGCAGUAAAUUGGACGAGGAUGUAUAUUUGUUAGAAGAUGACGAUUUUGAUGAUGAAACCAUGUCGUUGAAACCUGAAGAGGAAUUAUUAAAUGAAAUUGAUGCUUGCUUGGAUAAUUAGAUAUAAUAUUUUUGUAUUGAAGAUAUAGUUUAUGUUAAAUCUAUUCAUGAAAUUAAUUGGUUUCUUGUAAUUGAUACUGAAUUGUUUCUUGGUUUUAAUUUGAUUAACCUUCCGCCCUAUUAUUAGGACAUUGAAAUUUCUGCUGACUUUUUGUGUUCAAGUACCUGAUAUUCAUCCCCUAUAACAAAAGAAUGGAAGUAAAUUUCAGUCAUUCAAUAAACAGUUAACAUUGAAGUGGAAGUUGUCAACUGCUAUCCGAAGUACCUACUGACAAUUGGUAUUCAAGUAUGGACUUGGCUCAGAAUCUUUUAGCAAAGAGAACACCUGGGGAAAAAUACAUCGGCUAUCCAUCAAUAAUUUUGGCCAGUUGGGCUUCCAAAAAGAGUUGACAAUGGUUUCUUACGCAAUGAUGUAAUAUAAGUGUGUAGUUUUGAUUUAAACUAUGCAUAAUAAUGAUGAAAUCGACAGGCACCAAGAAGCUAGAAAUGAUUAUGGCUUAAAAUACAACCAAAGGAAUUGACACUAUCAACAAAUUAUGUGCCUGUUACUCUGAGAAUAUAUAAUGAACGAAGUUGGGAUCAAAAAUGAAUAUUGUUCAAUUCAGGUUUACCAGUGAAGCUCCUGAUCAAAGAAAUAUUUUUCUCAAAAUCUGGCUAAAGAUUUAAUGAAAGAACAGUUGUAUGCCAAAUCAGACAUAAAAAACCUUCCCAUAGAUGUAAAGCCUUUGUUAUCAGAAAAGAGCAGUUGAAGACGUUGAAGAGAGAAAAUCAAGCACUAUGAAAUUGUGUGAAGAGUGUUCAAAAUUUGUGUGUGGGAAACAUUCUAAAAUAAUAUAUCUGAAUGCCAUGGAAGGUGUUUGCAAAGGCGUUUACUUUUUUUUAAAGCAAAUUAAAUCAUUAUUAAGAGUGAAUUUGGAAGGGAAAUGAAAUAAAAGUUGUCGGUCAAAAUACGGCUAGCACCUGGUGGUGUUGCAAAAGCCUGGCGGAGGGUUAACACACAACAUAGAAAAAUAAUUUCGAUAUGUCACAUCUUUUAAAAUUAUUUAAUCGUAGAAAUACAAAAAAAAAGGAAAUGAGUUGUAACUUGUGCAAAGGAUCUGCAUAGGAAAGUCGGUGGUAUUCUAUUUAAAUUAUACAGGGGUUGACAAAAAUAGUAUAUAGGGGCAGACCAAACAUAUGCAAACCUAAAACUUAGUCAUUGAUUUGGAAAAACUAUUUCAAUUAGGGCAAGAUAAUCCUUUUUGGAGUAAAAUAUAAAAUAUGUACGAAUGAAAAACUCUAGGAAAUCUAAGCAUAUUAAUUACCUUACAUAGGCACACGUGAAAACUAAUUGUCUUUAUUUGAUAUUCACACAUUCGAGCAACAACCCAUGAUAAAGCAGAAAUUGGCUUUUUAGUCAUUAUUUAAACGAAUAUAUCAUAAAUAUGUGUUCUAUUUUGAUAUUAGGUCUCUUUCGAAACUGAUUUUCUGUCAAAAGAGACCUGAAAUCAUUAUUAAAAAUAGAAAUAUAUCGAAAAUACUUCAAAUCAUCAACGCUCAUAAAAAUUGAAUUCAAGCUUAAUUGUUCGUUAUUUAAUUAUAUUAGUUUUACACUUUGAUUUAUUUCCCAUUAUUUGUUAUGUGUGUAGUUUUGAUUUAAACUACCUCUCCUAUAUAUCUCAGAUGUAAAGUGUAGAUAUUUCCAAUAUUAUACUUCUAUAUAUCUAUAUAAAUAUGUACUGAACAGAAAUAAUUUUUAUUAAGAGACAAAGUUAAACUAUAGAUUACUACUAGAAUUGGUUGUAAAUUAUACAUUUAGAAAUAAUCAAAUGUUCAAUUACUAUAGUUAUACAAUUACUGAAUAUAUUUUUAAUAGAUGCUUUGUUUCAUUUCAACUAAUUCUUCCCAGAUCAAACUUUCAGUUUGAUACAAUUUGAAGGUUAUACCAAAUAUUUACCAAGGGUCGAAAUUCUCAAUUCACUCCUCUCACAAGCGAGCGAUCAUCGAAUUCUUAGAUUCUCGCAAAUUUUUGACACGAGCACUAGUUACGGCAACAUCGGUAUCUUAACGUAUUUAAUCAAAAUAGUUUCUAGUUCUGUCAAUUAAACACAAAGAAUUCUAUUCUAUUCUAUAUAAUCCUUAAUUACGUAUGACUACAUUUAUAAAUGAUUUCUAUAAAAUCAUAAUUUUCAAAACACUUUAUCAAUAAAAAUUGUAGGUCAGAAUUGUGAAUUUACAUGGGAAGGCGAGUGAAAUAAAGCACUCGUUUUAAUUGGCAGCGAUAUGGAAUUUUUAGAUUCUCAUGCACCCC